AUGGAAACCAAUGAGAACACCAUCAUCGUCUUAAAAUGGGGGUUGCGCGAGAUUGCCCGAGCUGCCCGUCAUGGAGAUUACGUCCAUGUCCAGACUAUCUUGAGGAGUCUGGAGCCCUCGCUCAUGGUUUCCGAUUUUGGAUCGGUGCCUCCAACUCUGCAAUGGUCCGACAGUUUCCCUGAUACUUCGACCCCUUGGGGGGUUUCAACCUCGCUAUUUAACACAACCGAUUUUGGCCUUCCCCUUCCUCUAUCGUCCUAUACAAAUUUUCCAGCAAUGGGUCAAGAACAGCAGUCGCUCAAUCAUAUGAUCUCAGAUUUCGAUGCUUGGACCCCUACCACAAAUGCGAAUCAGGUUUCUGGGUCCAUGAUAUCUCUGAACUAA